AUCUUUCUCUCACCGCCCUCUUCCACCAUUUAUACACAUGACAUUCAAACAAACCCACCAGUCUUUUAACAGCUCUUUCUUUUAAAGCCUUAAAAGCCUCACAAUUUUCAUGGACUCUAAUCCUUCCCAAGACCCCAUUACCACCGCCACCACCACUUCUGAAACAAUCACCACCACUACAAUCGCUGCCGGCGUUACAAGUGAUACCACCAGUGACAGUAACAAUACCAGUAGUGAUAGUGCAGGUAAGAAAUGCAAAGGAAGAGGGGGUCCUGAUAAUAGUAAGUUUAGAUACAGAGGUGUUAGACAAAGAAGCUGGGGAAAGUGGGUCGCUGAGAUCCGAGAACCAAGAAAGCGAACCCGUAAAUGGCUCGGUACUUUCGCCUCCGCAGAAGACGCUGCUCGUGCUUAUGACCGCGCCGCAAUCAUUCUUUACGGUUCUAGAGCUCAGCUUAAUUUGCAACCUCUAAAUUCUUCCUCUGCUCAAAACUCUUCCUCUUCCUCCUCCAGUCGUGGCGGUGGAAGCGGUGGAAACGGUUCAAGCUCUUCCUCUACUCAAACUCUCCGACCUUUGCUUCCUCGUCCUUCCGGUUUCGGUUUCAGUUUCUCUCUUUCUUCUACUUCAAUGGCUUCUCCAGCAGCGGUGGCUGCCGCCUCAUCUGGGUUUGUUCCGUACGGGGUUUAUCAGAAUCUUCCAAAUGUUGUAGGGUCAUCGACCGUACUAUGUACCAAUAACAUAGUACAAAAUCCACAAGAACAACAAAUAACUAUGUCAUCAAAUAUUCCGUACCAAUAUCAAUAUCAAAACCCAUUAUCUGAUUAUACGUCAAGUCUUAGCGCCGGCCAUGAUCCUAGUUCGAUCCCAACAACCUCGUACCAAAAUCUUAAUUAUGAUCAUAAUCCUCACCAUCAACAACAACAAGAACAUGGAUUGUAUGAGGAUAUUAGUUCUUUGGUGGGGUCGGUGGGUUCUAGUCUGUCUUUAUCAAGCAAUACUCAACCGAUAAUUGCACCAGCGAAUCAAGAUCCGGUUAUGCAUGUUGGACCCGGAUCUCCAUCACUUUGGCCUUUGACAAAUGAUGAUGAGUACCCACCAUCUAGUAUUUGGGAUUACGGAGAUCCUUCUUUAUUUGAUCUUUGAAGGGUUUCUUGUUCUUGAUCUUGCAUGGGAUUUUUUUCAAGAAAAUACUUCUUUAGCAUCAAUAGCUUGCAUGCAAGUCUAUUGGAUCUUGGUAUGUAUAGAUCUCUUCAAUAUAUCUCUCCAUUAAUUGUUCUGAUGGAGAAAUUUGAUAUAUGGGUGAAGUUGAGUUUUCAGAUGAAGAAUUUUGAAAGAAGAAAGUGAGUAAUUUACAAAAUUAAAUUCUAGAAGAUUGGAUAUCUGCAAUUGGAUGAUGUUGUUAUCAAAUUUUCACUCCCAAUAUAAUAAAGCUGAUAAGAAAGAUCUAUCUCUUAAGGUUAGUUUGCUUCUCUCUUAACUUGAUUAUUUAAGGUAGAGGUAGUUAAUUAAGAUUUUAAAUUUUAGAGAUGAGAAGGAUCUAUUACUGUCAUAGAGUUUGGAUUAUGGAGAUGUAGUUUGCAAUACCGAAAGAAAGGAAAAUGUUGAGUUCUUGUCUUCUUGAAUUCAAUUAAUAAAAUUUUUAGAAGAAGUUCCACUAA